AUGGGCGAACGCACGUCGAUGAAUGACGUCAAGAACGACGAGAUGGUGCGGGUGUAUUGGAACAUGCUAGAUUCGAUUGCUGGCAUCCCCGUCAUGGAUCAUUUUGAGGUCAACCUGUUUCCGCUCAAGAUUCAGCUCGAACGAGAGCUCGGCAAGCGGCUAUUCGAAUACAUUUUCCCCGGCAUGGACGGAGACAAGACGCCUGGCGGCAGAAACGACUCGCCGUUCAUGGUCAAACACAACUACAUGCAGGACGAGAGCGGCGACGAGGAGUCCCUGUCAAACUCGACAACAAGUCGACUGACGCCGUCGGACAAGGACAACUUCAACACGAGGCCCGGCUCGCUCGAGCUGCGCCUACACCCAACACUGACGUCUGACGCGCCGGCCAAGACGGCAGGAUCUUCCAAGAAGGCCCUGUCAGUCCAUAACGGUACCGAGGGCCACUCUUUUCGACUGUUCCGCUCCAUGGGCACGGGCAAGACAAUCAACAAGAAAGCAUCGUACGACUCGCUGCGAUCAUCGAACGCGCCGCGGCCUGGCAAUAUCGGGCGCUCGUCUACAGGAACGUCGUUUAGAGAGGGCGGCAUCGGAGGCGCAACGGAGAAGAAGUCACGGUUCGGGCCUGCUCCGUGGUGA